CAGCUCUCAGUCUCGCUCUCGCUCUGUCUGUCUGAUCUCACUGCUGUUUUCCAUCUUUGGAGAUUAUUUCCAGACAAGGGCGAGGAAUAGUGACUACCACGUCUUUCUUCUUUCUGGGGAACACACUUUUCAUAAUUAUUUAAAUGAUUUCCAGAAGUGAAGCUUUUGCAUUUCCCGAAUGUGAUGCCGUGCUUUAACGGUUAAAGUAAGUGCCAAGAGACUGCCUAGCCAAAACGAACAAUAAAAAUUAAAACAGCGGCAUCGAGAGCGUGGCAAUAAAGGGCUAGCGUACAAGACUGUAACCGGAGCGCAGGGAUCCUGGAUUGUAUUUAUUGUAUUAUUUUGUGACCCUUUCAAGUCUGCGACCUGUUUUGUACGAGAUGAAAGUAAGACAAUUUUAAAGAUUAACAUCGGGCAGCUUCUGUCUCAAUUUUGUACUGGAGAUAAUUUAUCGGAAAGACAUGAAGAAUCAUCAGUUUGGAGUAAUUGUCAUUAUUUGGAUUAUUUUAGAGUGUAUAGAAGCCAAGAAAUACUGCUGGUAUUUUGAAGGGGGAUAUCCUACAUAUUUUAUAUGCCGCUCAUAUGAAGACUGUUGUGGUACAAGAUGCUGUGUAAGGGCGCUAUCUAUACAAAGGCUCUGGUAUUUCUGGUUGCUUCUCAUGAUGGGUGUGCUCUUUUGUUGUGGAGCUGGCUUUUUCAUCAGAAGGAGGAUGUACCCCUCGCCGCUAACAGAUGAGCCUUCAUUCAAUGUUUCAUUUACCAGGCAGCCAAUCAACACCACACCAAGUUCUCAGCAGCCAGGCAUGCAGCCCUACGGUGGCCCAGGAGGAUCGGUCAACCCAAUCGCGCCAGCUUUCCAGGUGCAGCCCAAAUCUCCACACCUCAAUCCUCCUUACCCACCGCCACCUUCUUACUGCAACCAGCCUCCUCCACCCUACGAGCAAGUGGUGACGUCAUCUGAGAAGUAAAAAGCUGGGACCUGCAGUGGCUGGGCAACAUCUUUCUGUGUUUUGUUUUUAAUGAUCGUAUGAUAUAUGGUGCAGCCUGUUCUUAACCAGGGAGAAUGUUUAAAAUAAAUAAAUAAAUAAAAUCCAGGUGGAUUGCCUGGAGUCGCCCAAGUGAACGACUUGAACCUGGCUGUGCAAUGUGAAAGAAAUCUACUCAAAUGGUGUGGGAGGUCAGCGUUGGAGAGGCUUCUUUUCUAAUACAUUUAGAGUUUUCUUGUGCGGUGUGUUUCCUAGAUGUUGGAUUAAUGCUAUUUAGGACUUAAAUAUGGGACAAGGGUUUACAUUGUUAUUUUUCCAGUUUAUCUUGUUGUUCGUUUUUUCCUUAAUAUAUUAUACAUGUACAGUUAUUCUGGUGUGAAAAUUGAAGCUGCAAAUUUAACAUCAAGUGCCUGGCGAGCAGAGUGCGAGAGAGAGAAGCUAGUAGUUGACCGCGGAGCUGAGACUGAAAGUGCGCUGUGGGUCCUGUGUGUGAUAUGAUGAGGAAGAAUUGAGAAGGAAUUCACUGGAAACUGUGUAGCUUGACAGAUGCAGUUCCCAUGUGAGGGACCAGAAAGCCCCUUGGCAGUUCUGUGCAUCCUCUGACGUGUGGUCAAGACACACAGAGCCACCCAUGGAUUUCUUUUUUGUUUCAGUCGAAUCACACCUGUAGGACACAACAGUCAUUUUGAGGCCUGCAUUUCUUACAGGUGUGGAAUUAUGAGACGAUUCCAGAGGUUUACGUCCACUUAUCGCAAUGCCAAGAGAGCGUAUUUACGAGCACAAGCAAUAUUAGGAAGACUUUGAGGAACACAGAAAAUGACUGUCAUUUAAGAUGUUUCAUCUCCUGUUGACUCCUUUGUUUCCUGAAUGUUCCUUUAUCUAUUUUUGGAACGUCGAAGCACAACUCAUUAACUAGACCAUCUUAACAUUCUGAGAGGUACCCAGGACUGUCGAAACUGUUCUGACGUAGUUCACGUGCAAAUUGCAGUUCUACACUCUGCCAAACUCGCCGUUUCUGGUUUUCAUUCCAGCUGAACAAACUAUUCAUAUCAUUUCAGAUUUCAUUUCUGUUUUUAUCUUGUCCAGGAAAGUUUGGUUUAAAUUUAAAUGGUUAAUGGGAUUGUGGUAAAUUGUAGCACCUCAGAGGUUUCUAAUCUAGCUUUAUAAAUGGUUUGCUCUGGAAUGUUUAGUGACAGUGAAUCCUACUAAGGCUAGCAUCACUCUUGAUCUUGUUGCCUCGAGGAUAUUACAUGACUACAUUUAACAGAGGAUAAUGCCAGUCUACAUGACUCCCUCACCACUCGUCAGCAAGUUUCAUAUUUCCUACUGCAUCACAGAAGCAGCGCUAGGUUGUCAGCUGAUCCACAUGGAGCAUCUCUGUGGCAUGACAAAGGUGAGAUGUCAAAUAGUUGGCUGAUAUGACUCCAAAGUUCCAUGAACCUCUCUUCUGCGUUCUUAACUUCUGCAGCUUUCAUAAGCUGCUGGUUGUCUUUUAAAGUCUGCUCACAUGUUGAAAAGUCCAUCCCUGCCCAGGGUGCCCUGCGUUGACUGAGUGAGCUAAUGAUGGAUGUGGGCCUAAACAAGCGAGGAGUCAUUUGGCUGUUCUGCAUUGAGAAACUGGAGCAGUUUGAUCCGUAUCCAAAAAAUGGAAUAAGAUGUUAAAAGUUAGUGUCUUUUACCUCAUGUGUAACUUCAAUUAAUAAUUAUUUAAUAUUUCUUUAGUCACUAGUUUGAAAGGGAGUAAAUCAUGCUUGGCAUGCAACCAGUUUCAUGACUUCAGGCAUACUUAAUCCUACAAUAAAUGCUACUUUUCAUAUAUGUGUGUGAAAACGAAACAAGGUUGAUGUGUCACUGGGGAAAGCUGAUGAAAUGUACAAACUGUUUGGGUUGUGAUAACUGAGAAAACAUUUUAAUCAGAAUUAGAUUUUGUUCUACCAAACAAACCAUAUGUUUCCUAAAAAGCAAAGCAGAUACUGCUUAUUAUAAUAAUCCAACGGCUUCUUGAGAAAUAAAGAAACUGCAAAUAAGAAAGCAAAUUCUGUUAAAAAGCUCACCUGGAAUGAAAACCGCUAACUGGCAAGGGGUUUGGUGGGUUGCAAUGGCAUAGCGGGUUUUGUUGCAGCGUCAUUUGAUCAUUUCUGUGUGGUGCGCCCCUUCUUACAAAGCAUACCAGAUUAUUGGAUGGUAAAUUGGAGUUUGAGGUUUAAUCAUUUUAGGUCUCCCAGCAGGGACUUUAUUCUUUCGAUUCAUUAAUUAGUUUUUUUUUCCUUUGUUCAUUCUGAGCAAUUGGUUUUACGUAGAAUUUUUGUGAAGCUGUGCUUGUUUACCUUUAUGACCAAAAUGCGUUAAAAAAAUGAAAUAACAAUAAUCCUUUCACUCUGUGGAAGAUCAUUCCAUUUUUAGAAAUGUUUUUAAGAAUUGUAAAUACUGAUAGCUGUAGUAUUAAUAAGCCAUUAAAGAAUUUCCUUCCAUA